AUGAGGACCGCAGCUUACACCACGACAGCCUGGCUAGCCGCAGCCCUCGUUAGCGCGCAUGGAGAUUCGGGUGGCAUGCCAAGGGUCCUCGGCCGCCAAGCCCAGCGCCUCGGGCUCAACCCUGUCCACGCUCGGGCUGCACCGUCGGUCGGGCCACGCCAAGCCCGUGCAGCAGCCGCGGGUGGACCGGUUGUUGAGAAGCGUGCCGGAAUCCCAGCUGGCUCCCAGUGCGGGCCGGGAUUCGGAAGCUGCGCGGCGGGCCUUUGCUGCAGCGUCGAGGGGUGGUGCGGCAACGAGGUCACGUCCUGCCAGGCCCCUGACUGCUUGUUCCAGUACGGGCCCGGCUGUGACGCGAACCAGACGCCGGCCGGCGCGUCGACCGCCAAGAUCGCGCGGCCUGCCGUGGGUCAAGUGCCGUACGGCGGCAGUGGCAUCUACGACUGCGUGGCCAACGGCGUCAUGGCUCUCACGUUCGACGACGGGCCGUACAUCUACACCGAGGGCAUCCUGGACCUGCUCAAGUCGCACAACGCCAAGGCCACCUUCUUCAUCACGGGCAACAACAUCCACAAGGGCGCCAUCGACACGCACUGGGCCUCGGUCAUCCAGCGCAUGGCCGCCGAGGGCCACCAGAUCGCCAGCCACACGUGGUCGCACCAGAACCUGACGGCCCUGACCACGGCGCAGCGCCAGGACCAGAUGGUCAAGAACGAGAUGGCGCUCCGCAACAUCCUCGGCUACUUCCCGACCUACAUGCGCCCGCCCUUUUCCGAGUGCAACACGGCCUGUGAGAACCAGCUCAAGAAGCUGGGCUACCACGUCACCUACUUCGACCUCGACACGGCCGACUACCUCAACGACUCGCCCAGCCUCAUCCAGAACUCCAAGAACAUCUUUGACGCCGCCGUCAACGGCAAGGCCGCGAGCGACAACAACUUCCUCACCAUCAGCCACGACAUCCACGAGCAGACCGCCCACAACCUGACCGGCUACGUGCUGCAGCGUCUGAGCAGCCUGGGCUACCGCGCCGUCACCGUCGGCGAGUGCCUGGGCGACCCCCAGGCCAACUGGUACCGCAACGCCGGCGGGCCGAACCCCCAGCCCCAGACCAGCGUCGCGGCGCCUUCCGCCACGCCCACCGCCGCCGCGCCUGCCACCUCGUCCGCUGCCGCGCAGACCGCCCCGACCGGAGCCCUCACCGUCUCUCCCGACGCCACGUGCGGCGGCAACACCGCCAACACCUGCCAGGGUUCCGCCUUUGGCAACUGCUGCUCCGUCAACGGCUGGUGCGGCUCGACCGACGCCUACUGCGGCACCGGCUGCCAAAAGUUCUUUGGCAGCUGCACCUCGUCGUCUGCGCAGUCUUCGCCCGCGCCGUCUUCCAACAAGCAACUGGACCUCAAAACCGAAACAGCAACUGCAUUAGACCGGCACCAACCCCGCUGGGAGAAGGAACCCGAACAUAAUGCUACCGACUUGAAUACAAAUGCCUUGGUGGAGAAGAGGGGAUAUGGCUAUGGAGGCGGCGGGAGCAGUGAUGGGAUGGAUGGUGAUAAGUUAUACCUGCCCGACGAAGGCAGCGACGUGACCAUUGACUUAUCGAAAGCAAGACGGAAGGGGACGCCUUCACGGUCAUCACGACGACGAGGCCCAACCGCGUCCCAACCACAAACUCCGUCGUCGUCCCAGCCAGAACCCCCGUCGUCGGCAUCGGCUGAAAAGGACGCAACUCUGUACCUGAUUCUGAUCCUUGAUCAGUAUGACAAAGAUCCACAGAACCAGAGACGAAAACUCAAAAUAAGUUUCGGAAAAAACCUUCAGGCGCGAGACGUAAGCGUGGAGCAACUGCAACAGAGAUUCUUCGACGAGUUCUCUCGGUAUUUCGCGAGCCCAAAGCCGCAAACCGCCGACGCCGUGGACCUUGAAUUCUGGGGCCCCGAUUUUGUAUAUGAAAAGGCAAAACCGGACCCAUCACCAGAUAGAUUCCAGCCUCUCAUAAGUUCGAAAUUCAAGAAUACAUUGGAAGAUUUUGGCAUGACAAACUAUAAUGUUGUCUAUUGGAAACACGAGCAAAGCUGGCCUCAAACGAAACCUACAAGACGACGGACCGGGGGCUACAGUGGCGAACCCAGCAGCAGAACCAAGGAGAGCAGCAGAACCAAGGAGAGCAGCAGAACCAAGGAGAGCAGCAGAACAAAGGAGAGCAGCAGAACCAAGGAGAGCAGCAGAACCAAGGAGAGCAGCAGAACCAAGGAGAGCAGCAGAACAAAGGAGAGCAGCAGAACCAAGGAGAGCCGGAGAACUAGCCAGUACGGCGAGCAGGCAGAACAAACUAAACAAAGCUCCAGUCGCCCUCAGUCCACUAGUUCUACUGCUGCAUGGUUGACGAUCGUGAUUCUUGAUCCGAUAACAGAUGAGGUCAAAAAAUCCCUUGACAUUCGUCUAAGUCGCGGCCUAUCGUCCCCUAGUGUCACGACAGAGAUCCUAGCCAGCGAACUGCGGAACCAGUUUCCCUCAUGGGUCAAGACGAUCAAAAUAGGACAGUUGGAUUCACAAGACAGGGUCAGGGAAAUCAAGGGACAGCUAUCAAGUUAUGGUAUAAGGAACGGAGGCACGCUCUACGCAUACAACGGCCGAGUAUAA